GCCUGUGGGUGGGGUUAGGGUGACGUCACAAACAUGGCGGCCUCACGGCAAAGUAAGCUUGUGACCAUGUGAACCUUCAUGUAAAAUUUUAUUUGUGUCCUCUAUUAACCUCUUUGAAAGUAGAUAAAAUAUCCCGACAUGGCAACUCCCCAAAAUAUGCACAACAAUUGUCAGCCAACGAAAAAGCCAAAAAGUAAUUACUGCAUUUUGUGUCGAAAGGUGCUUCCGAAAUAUAAUAAGCAUGACCACAUGCAUGGCCUGCCACACCACAUAGAGCUGGACAAAUUGCUGGGCAAAGUUCCGUGUCACGAUUGCCAGGCAUGUGAGCUGUCCUCCAUGGUUCUUCAACAAUACGCCCAGCACAUCGCCAUGCCUCAACAUCGAAUCAAUUUAAAGAGGAUCAAAAUGCAAAACGUAAAACCCAUUUCACUUUACAACACUCUCAACCACGAAACAAUCAAGGGUCUCCUCAGGAGAAACAAGGAACUAAAGAAGGAGAGGAAAAAAGAGUCACAAAAGAAGAAAAAGAAACGAAGACUUGCUAACCAGAAAGAGCCUGGCCAUACUCAAGCUGGCCAGAAACAAGCUGGCCAUACUCAAGCUGGCCAUACUCAAGCUGGCCAGAAACAAGCUGGCCAGAAACAAGCUGACCAGAAACAAGCUGGCCAGAAACAAGCUGGCCAGAAACAAGCUGACCAGAAACAAGCUGACCAGAAACAAGCUGACCAGAAACAAGCUGGCCAGAAACAAGCUGGCCAGAAUCAAGCUGGCCAAACCCAUACUGGUCAGAAACAGGCAGCCAGUGGACUGAAAAAUGUGCAACAAGGUCCAAAUACAUUCAAACAGCAGGCGCUGGGGCCUCAGCAGAAAGGCACCUACACUGGCGCCGUCCAAAAAAACAUGAACCAACUGCGAAGGAAUCCGCCCCGAGCUGCCAGGUAUUGCGUCUCCCAAUACAGCAAUGAAUCAUUUGACACCGAGCUGGAGCCCUCAUGGUCCUCGAUGGCCCAUUUUAGCCAUUACGCGUACCAGCGUGCCGAGCUGGACGACUUCACCAGCGAUCAGCUGCCCGAUCGAGGAAGCGUCAUCUUCACGGAUGAGCUUCCGCCUGAACCGACGCAAAACGUGAGCGCAUCUAACUCGCAACCGAAGCCUGUCAUCAUCCAAGGCAUGAGCGUCACCACCAUGCUUCGAGAACUUCGACGAGCGAUGGGCGUGCGCGAGCCCUGCAGGGCGGAUCGUGAAGCCAGAAAGCAAAACGCCGAGGCGGAAGCACAGCUGUCUGAGCUUUGCUCCUCGCUGGAGACCCUCAAAAAGGAGGAAGCGAAACAAAGCAACAAUGCCGCCCAGGCUGGCAAAAGCGCCCCACGGAACAACGUCGCAGCUGAACAGAACACUCCUGGACCCUCAGCCAGCAUUCAACACCCUCAGCAGCUCGGCUCCAAAACCAAGGUUCGGAUCGCUCACAAAGCAGCGGCCGAUCAAAAGUCAGCAGAGGACAUUUUGAGAAAGGUGACCCCAAAGUUGACUCCUAAGGCUCCCGCUGUAUCCAGGCCCAAGUUUAAGCAAAGCUGGAAGCAGAUGAAGAAAGAAAAGAUGCCAAGGUUUGGAAUCGAGUCGGUCAACUCUCAACCGAGCAAAGCUACCUUCGACCUGGGUGUCGACGAAGACCUGAUCCUCUCAGAGGGCUUCCACUGGGAGUCUCUCUCCAAUGCACACAUGCCCCUUCCUCCUUCUCUUCCUGCUCAUCCUCCAUCAUGUCUCACUUCUACACCGCUUCCUACCCGCGACGCGACUCCGAGCGCGUCUCGGGGAGAGACUCGUUCAACGACAGGAGCGCCUGACGAGGGGGGGUCUUUCACACUGGACAAUUCCCGUGGUCCGACAGCGGCGGCAACCUCGGUGAAGGUGCAAGCUGAGCAUGGAAACCCUGACACCAACAAGAGGAAACACCAACAUCUACAAGAUAACGACGUCCCUGAUGUGGAGGCUGUUGUAAAACGGAGGAAAUUUAUGUUAAACAAUGACCAGGACCCAAUGGACAAGCUUUUGGCGAUGUCACUCCGAGAAGAAGAGCUGAGUCAAUCGCUGCAGGAUGUCGACAAGUCUUUGGUACUCGCCCGAAAUGCCUUACAGGCAGCCUACACUGAAGUACGAAGGCUCAUGUUGUUAAGGCAGCAGUGCACUGCAGAGGUGGACGGCCUGAGAGCCAAGCGCAUUGAAAUACUGCAGAGCAUGCAAGAAGUGUAUUCCGGAAGCUCCAAUGUAGAACAGGUCGCCACGACCUCAGCAGCAGCACCUGCGGAUGUCGUUCAUCCGGAUCCAACCUCGGCAUCUUCCUCGAGGCUCCUUGUCCCUCACAGUCCGACCGACACCCACCAAAGUUCUGUCAUCAAUCAGCCUCAACCGGCCUUGCCCGCUCCAAAACCCAACAUUACAACCAUCAAGCGAGAAGCCAUGAUCCCGCCCCCCUCGAGACAACCAAGUGACCAAACGGUCUCCCCACCUCCCACUUCGUUGCCCGCUGUGGCUCCUCCCACUCCGAAAACCCAAACCAGGGCCGAUGAUCCAAAUCCACUCAACCCAGCUAAUUUGCUCUGCACCCAGAAGAAGCAAGUGAAGCCCGUCGGCGUGACUGAGCAAACCGAAAGCAUCUCAAGAGAGGAAGUCGUCGAUAUGAAGAAUGAAAAGAUGGAGGAACCUCUUGCCAUAGAACCUGUACAAGGAAAUGAUGCGAGGACUUUAGAUAAAAGCGCAUCUGCAGUCCUUAUUAAUGACAAUAGCGAUAAGAACGCUGACACGGUGGAAGUGAUGGAGCCUAAAAUGGUGGUCAUCGACAUUGACGAAUCGGAGAAUGAGGACUCACCCGAUAUGUCUUCAACGGCGCCAGGUCCUCAAGAGCUGCCUUCCAAAUCCGAUAACAUGGAGUGCAGCACUGCUAGCACUCAGACUAUUCAGCAGACCCCGUUUAAGAUGAAAGCGGCAAGCCCUGUUGCGUCGGAAAGGGAAGACACUCCUCCACCAGAGACUGUUGAGAUGGCUGGUGAGAACGGGACGGAGUCAGCCUUGGGAUACUUUUUGAACCACACGGAGGCCGUUCACGGUCUGCAAGUCCACGAAGGCGUCUUGUACACGUGCUCGGCGGACAUGACAGCGCGGGCUUACAGUCUGCUGAACCUGGAAUGCCUAGGAGUGUUUGAGGGCCACAAAAACAGAAUCAACUGCCUGCUGGUCGCCUCUUCUCCAAACACGCCAGCCAGACUCUACACCGGCUCCAGUGACUCCACGAUUCGCAUCUACAGCAUAAAGACAAAGAAGUGUCUGGAGACCAUCUCACUGGCUGACAGAGUGCUGUGUAUGCAUAUGGCUUGGACCACUGUGUUUGUUGGUCUUGCCAAUGGCUCAGUGGCCACCUUUGAUUUAAAGACUUCCAAACCGCUGGAUGUGUUUGAAUGUCACGGGCCUCGAGCGGUAAGCUGCUUGGGCACGUCGCAGGAAGGCGCCCGGCGGGUGCUGCUGGUCGGCUCCUACGACAGCACCAUCAGCGUGCGAGACGCCAAGAGCGGUUUGCUGCUGCGCUCGCUGGAAGGCCACACCAAGACUGUUCUCUGUAUGAAGGUGGUAAAUGACUUGGUGUUCAGUGGCUCCAGUGACACCUCCGUUCAUGCUCACAACAUCCAUACGGGUCAGUUGAUUCGGAUCUACAAGGGACACGGUCACGCUGUCACGUCAAUCGUCAUCUUGGGGAAGGUGAUGGUGACCAGCUGUCUGGACAAGCUGAUCCGUGUUUACGAGCUGCAGACCCACGACCGCUUGCAGGUGUAUGGCGGCCACAGCGACAUGGUGAUGUGCAUGGCCGUGCACAAGAGCGUGAUCUACACGGGUUGUUACGACGGAAGCGUUCAAGCUGUCAAACUCAACCUGAUGAAGAAUUACCGCUGCUGGUGGCAAAAUUGCUGUCUGAUUUUCGGCAUGGCCGAGCACCUUCUCCAGCAUCUCACUCGAGACCACACCAAUCCCAAACUGGAGGUGGUCAAUUGUCGCUGGAGAGGAUGCAACAAGUUUUUCCCCACACAGCAGGCAGUCAAGGAGGAGGUUCCUGGGCAUAUGCAAAAUCAUGUGGAUGUGGACAGUAAGGUGGAGUCAUGAGGAGGUGCGCCGAUGCCGUCGUUUUUCCGCCAUUUCCUGUUCUCAUGUGGUUACGUCAUUCGUGCUUCCAGUUGAACACAUGUAGUGAAAUGUUAUUUGUUGUUCUAUUACUUUUUUCUUCUUAAAAAUCAUGUUGAUUUUGUUUUAAUGUGUUCAAAUAACGUGUUCAGAACAACAGCUGAGUUCUAGAAAUAAACAGGACAAAAAUGAAA